AUGUCGGUCGCAGAGGCCCAACAGGCCAUCACACAGGGCGCCUUGGACGCCAUCUUCAACGACUCCGCCAACGUCGACAGGCGCUUUCCCGUCCCGGUCCUGCAAUGUCUGCAGAUCAAGCCUCUGGCCGCCGGUCCUGCUGGAGGAGCCAACGCCGAACGAUACCGGGUCGUCCUCAGUGAUAUCCGCAACUACGUCCAGUGUAUGCUGGCCACCCAAGCAAACCAUGUCAUCCACGACAACCAGCUGGUUCGUGGUUGCUUGGUGCGCAUCAAGUCAUACCAGGCCAACUCGGUCAAGGGCAAGAACAUCCUUAUCAUCCUUGAUCUCGACGUGAUCGAAAACCUAGGGGCCCACGACCGCAUCGGCGAGCCUGUCGGUUUCGAGGCCAAGGCCGCCGCCGCCGCCGAUACCACCAUCGGCGGCCAGGGCUUCUACGGUGCCAAGCCCGAGCCCUCAGCCCCAGUCAAGCCUGAACCUAUGUCUUCACGCAUGGGUGGCGGCGGAGGCGGCAGCACAAACGGUGCUCAGCACGGCGGCGUCAACAUCUAUCCCAUCGAGGCUCUCUCGCCAUACGCGCACAAGUGGACCAUCAAGGCCAGAGUCUCGGCCAAGUCCGACAUCAAGACGUGGCACAAGGCCUCCGGCGAGGGCAAGCUGUUCUCGGUAAACCUGCUCGACGAGAGUGGCGAGAUCAAGGCCACUGGCUUCAACGAGCAAUGCGAUCAGUACUACGAUCUCCUUCAGGAGGGAAGCGUCUACUACAUCAGCAACCCGUGCCGAGUCCAGCUUGCCAAGAAGCAGUUCUCCAACCUGCCCAACGACUACGAGCUGACGUUUGAGCGGGACACUGUGAUUGAGAAGGCCGAAGACCAGUCUAGCGUGCCCCAGGUGCGCUUCAACUUCGUCAAUGUCCAGGACCUGCAGAACAUCGAGAAGGACGCCACCGUGGACAUCAUUGGUGUGCUGAAGGAUGUCGGCGAGACGUCCGAGAUCGUAUCCAAGAACACGGGCAAGCCCUAUUCCAAGCGCGAGCUGACCAUCGUGGAUGACUCCCAAUUUUCUGUGCGCGUCACCAUCUGGGGCAAGUCGGCCACUUCCUUCUCGACACAGCCAGAGUCUGUUGUCGCCUUCAAGGGUGUCAAGGUCUCAGACUUUGGCGGAAAGUCUCUGUCCCUCCUGUCUUCAGGCAGUAUCAGUGUAGACCCCGAUAUCUCGGAAGCCCACAAGUUGAAAGGCUGGUAUGACUCACAAGGCCGUGGUGAGAACUUCAGCACCCACCAGAACAGCAUGGCAACACUGGGUGGUGCAACAGGCCGCCAGGAUCAGACCAAAUACAUAUCGCAAGUCAAGGAUGAGAACUUGGGCAUGGAUGACACCAGUUAUUUCUCUCUGAAGGCGACCAUAGUCUACAUCAAGCAGGACAACUUCUGCUACCCGGCUUGUGCGAAUGAGAGCUGCAACAAGAAAGUGGUCGAUGUUGGCGAUGGCACCUGGCGCUGCGAGAAGUGCGAUGUCUCCCAUCCACGACCCGAGUACCGCUAUAUCAUGAGCAUCAACGUCAACGACCACACAAAUCAGCUGUGGCUCAGUUGUUUCGAUGACGUCGGCCGUAUCAUUAUGGGCAUGACCGCCGACCAGGCCAUGGAGCUGAAGGAGAAUGAUGAAAAUGCGCUUGGUGCUGUUUUCGAGCAGGCGAAUUGCACCAAGUUGAACUUCAGAGUGCGUGCAAAGAUGGACACGUACGGAGACACCCAAAGAGUACGGUACCAAGUGAUGAGCGCAACACCCAUCGACUACCAGGCCGAAGCACUGAAGCUCUCGGAUAUGAUUAAUACAUACCAUCGGGGCCAAGCUGCUUCCCAGCCUGGAUCGCCAACAACAGUUGGCGCAGUUCGUGCGCUAAGCGAGAGCGAGACGGCGACAAAGAAAUCUUCGCUGUCCAUUAAGGCCACGCCAGUGCCGCUUUGCCUGGAGGACUUGCUCUUUAGCGUAUUGAGGCAGUCAUCGAGCUCCCCACGUCGUGGCACUGCAAGGGAUAUGGAAACCAUGCUGGGGCGUAUAUUCAUUUCGCUCGGGCUAUACGCGAUGGCUGAUGGACUUCUGAUCCGGCACCUUCCAGUCCACAGGGCCCUUCACGCACAUAGGCACCGUCAUGAGGACACCGACCACGACCCAGAACUCCUAGAUAAGCUGGACCGCCGACCAACACAAGUCCACAUCACAACCGUCCCUUCUCACAGUCCGCCAAAUCCAUCGUCCCUUUUCCUCCCCCAAGAAUACCCCCAGCCCAAUGUCGCCCCGAGGGCGGAUCCAUCAACCCACCUGACGACACAGCUCCAGACCCGGCCGACCGGCUGCCACACCGAGACCCUGACGACGACGGUCCUCCCGGCGUCGCAGACGACCCUUUACGCGGUGCUGGCCGCGGGCCUGGACAUCGCGGCCGCCGGCUUCACGACGCUGGCGCUCAACGACAGCGUGAGUGUCGUCGUGGCGGCCGGCGUGCUCGACGUCGGCGGCUGCCUGGUCACGGCGCCCACCAUCGACACCGUGGCGCGGACUGAGACGCGCGAGAGCGUGCAUUGCGACGGUACAACGGUCGAGGGCGUCGUGGUCACGGUCACAGAGGCACCGCCGCCCCCGGGCGUCACGACGACCGAGGUGCGGCCCACGACGGUCGUGCAGCACGUCACGCAGCAGAUUACUCAGGAGGUUACUCAGGAGAUUACGCGGCAGGUUACGCAGCAGGUCACGGUGACGAUGCAGAAGAAGGGGAAGGCGGAGGAUGAGGAGGAAGGGGCGGGUAUUGGCGGUGUGCAUUGUGCGAAUGGGCUCUCGCCGCAUGCUAGGUGUUGA